AUGUUUGAGAAGAGCAUUGAAAGUACUAGAAGUCAAGCUGUUAAAUUAGCAGCUUUUUCAAUUCAACGACGUGCUUCGCUCACUGUGCUGCCCGGAGCUGCGGCACCCAGAAAAGAAUUGGAGCUUCUUGUACUGAAUUUCAUUGGAAAAUAAUGGAAGUCAAAGCAAGAGCUCCUGGGAAAAUCAUACUCGCCGGUGAACAUGCCGUCGUCCAUGGAUCCACCGCCGUCGCAGCUUCCGUCGAUCUGUACACUACAGCUUCAGUUCGAUUGCCAAGUUCUUCAGAUAAGGAUGAUACUGUGAAACUCCAAAUGAAGGAUCUGGCUCUUGAGUUCUUAUGGCCAACUAGUAGAAUCAAGGAAGCUUUGGGUGGAUUUGUUGGUUCAACCUCAACUCCCACAUCAUGCCCUGCAGACUGCUUGAAAUUGAUGGCAUCUCUGGUUGAGGAUCAAAACAUUCCCGAGGCGAAAAUCGAGCUCGCCUCUGGAGUGUCUGCAUUUCUUUGGCUCUAUUCUUCCAUCCUAGGAUUUGUGCCUGUUGAUGUGACCAUUACUUCUGAGCUUCCUCUUGGAUCUGGCUUGGGAUCAUCGGCCGCGUUUUGCGUUGCACUUUCAGCUGCUCUGCUUGCUUUAUCAGGUUCUGUAGAUGUCGAUCGGGAACAUCGAGGAUGGAUGGCAUAUAAAGAAGAUGAUCUUGUGUUGUUGAACAAAUGGGCUUUUGAAGGUGAAAAGAUAAUCCAUGGAAAACCUUCUGGGAUUGAUAAUACAGUGAGCACAUAUGGCAGCAUGAUCAAGUUCAGGUCAGGCAGUUUGACCCUCAUUAAAUCCAAUAUGCCACUGAAAAUGCUCAUUACAAACACAAAAGUUGGAAGAAACACAAAGGCUUUAGUUGCUGGUGUUGCAGACAGAACCAUCAGACAUCCUGAUGCCAUGAACUUUGUGUUUAACGCUGUCGAUUGUGUAAGCAAGGAAGUAUCGAUCCUUAUUCAGUCACCGGUCGAUGACGACGUUUCCCUAACUGCGAACGAAGAAAAGUUAGCCGAGUUGAUGGAAAUGAAUCAAGGUUUACUUCAGUCGAUGGGCGUAAGCCAUGCAACUAUCGAAACCGUCCUCCGAACGACAUUGAAAUACAAGCUAGUCUCCAAAUUGACAGGAGCUGGAGGUGGAGGCUGUGUUCUUACACUGUUGCCUAACCUACUUUCAGGGAAAGUUGUUGAUAAAGUAAUUGCAGAGCUCGAGUUGUGUGGAUUCGAAUGCUUCAUUGCUGGGAUUGGAGGAAGAGGGGCGGAGAUCUCGUUUGGUGAUUCAUCUUGAAUUCUCGAGUUGUUCUUUGAAUGAAAUAAACUCUUUUCCUUUCGUUCCUUUUAUUAAGACUCGUUAGUUGAUUACUCCAUGCAUGUUACUUGAAGAUUUUUCAAAAUAAUAGUUGCCUUUUCAAAGGGCUAUAUUUGGCCUAGGUUGGUCGAGAUUUUUAAUUGACUUGUCUUGAAUUA